AUUGCCGGAGUGGCAACUCCCGCCGGAGUGGCCAUAAACAGAGCAGCAAUUCCGUGAAUUCCGAGCAGCAAUCAUGGGUGCCACGGCCUCGUGCAAGAAAUCCAACGGCACUGGCUAUCCGGAGCACGAUGAUCCCAGCUACCGCAAGUGCCAGGAGCUCAAGAUGGAGCGCUGGAUCCAGAUGCACUACCAGAUCAAGCAGCGGGAGCAGGCCCUGGCCAUCGCCCAGCACCGGGAGCUCUUCUACUGGCUGAGCGGCUUCUACCUGAGCGCCGUCUACGGCUGCGCCAGCUACUACCAGCGGGUGAAGCGGGUCUCCGCGCUGGCUCCGCUCCUGCCGCUCACCUUCGUGGUGGGCUACUACACGGACUGGGCCUACGGCAGCAAGCUGCACCGCAUCCAAGCGGAGGCCAACAUGAUCAUGGAGCACGAGCAGGAGCUGCUGCACUGGCCUGGUGGUCUGCCCACAGUGGCCGGAAUCGAUGAGGCUCGCGUGGAGACCGAGAUGGAAAAGAAAAUGCAUCCACACCACAUGUAGAGGCAAAAGGCUGCCCCUGUCCCUUUUAGUCUGUAGGCGGGAUUGGGUUCUCGUGCUAAGGUUUCCAUUCAAAAAAACUAUAUUCCGCCAAAGGUUUCACAACACUUGCCAGCAUCACUUUGAACCUGUAAUGGCGUCAAGCAACACUACUUAAUAGCAAGCUAAAUCUGCACUCACAACAUAAGAUACUGCUCAACAAUGAAUAGACAUACAUAUAACAGCAUUUUUUAAGUUUUUUAAGCCCGUUUUCUUGACUUUAUUAUAAGGUAACAGUAGGUUGAAAAAUGAGAAAACGUUUGAAGACUCGCAGUUUAAAAACCUACUUUUAGCUUAUCAGGAAGGCGAGAAUUUGGGUUUAAAAAUUGUAUCCAAAGUUUUUCGUUAUAAGCUACAGUUCCUGCUAAAGUGUUAGGCAUUUCGCAAACAAAUCAUUAAUACAAAUGGAACUUAUUUUGAAAGAUCAGCAUUUUACCUUUCUCAAGAAACAAAAACUUAUAUAUGAUCAAUUUAAAAGCAUA